CGCGUCACCGUCACAUUAUUACUGCGCUCCAGCCUCGCACGACACGGCGCACAUCCCGGACCUCAAAGCCCCUUUACAAGGGUUUCCUGCGUGAAUUUAUUCCAGUAAAUUUAAGAGAGAAGUCUUGGUUUGUUUUAAUAGCAGCGGGACAGACUGCACCAGGCGACACCAGGGCACGGACCCGACCCGAGGACGAGCGGCGCUGGACAUUAUUCCUGCCUGGGAGGAGUGCACUUUGGACCACUUUUGCACGCUCUUUCUGACCAGAAUUCAUAUAAAUAUCACCACUGUAUCCGGUUUUUCUGUUUUUCAGUGUGACAUAUUUCUUUAGAUAAUUAUAUUGGUGGGUUUUGCACGGAGCGGAUGCGAACAGCCCGGUGCGCUUUGUGCGGAAGGCAGUGACGCGCACACAGUAACCUGUGGCAGAGUCACACACAGGACGCGUUUGUUUAAUUUAGACACCAAUCGCAUCAACCUUCUACAUCCCAGAAUUGGACCGAGUCCCAAGUCAUUUGGAAGUCAGACAAGCCUGCGAACCCGGAUCGGGGUCAGGAUGCAUCUCAGCUGAAAGCACGGGAACCGGACUUUGCUGUUCCUGUCAGAUCUUAGGAGGCUGGAGCAGGAGGCUGGAGCAGGAUGCCUCUCGGUGGCGUGAUGCUCAUCCUUCUCCCGCUGUGCUUCCUUCUUCCCGGCGGCUCCCGGACAGCUUCUCUGAGCGGACUUGGAGACACCAUUCUGGGUCCAGAGACGUUCAAGGGUGUGAGCAACUUCAGCACCUUCCUGCUGGACCGUUCGUCAGGAAUGCUCUUCCUGGGCGCCAGGGGCGCCAUCCUGGCCGUGAAUAUCCACAACCUGAACCUACCGCCAAAAAAGAUUGUUUGGGACGUGCCGGAGGAGAAGAGGAGGUCUUGUGUGACAAAGGGAAAGACAGAGGCGGAUUGCAACAACUACAUCCGAUUGCUGGAAUUCCUGGGAGAUGGACGCAUCUACGUGUGUGGCACCUACGCCUUUGAACCCCAGUGUGCCUUCUUGGAGCUCUCUUCCUUCACCUUAGAGGAAGCUGAAGAUGGAGGGGUGAAGAUGGAGAUGGGGAAGGGCAAGUGUCCCUUCGAGCCUAGUCAGCAAUACACAGCUCUCAUGGCAGAUGGUGUCCUGUACACAGCGGUCACCAGUAACUUUCUGGGAACACAAUUCGACAUCUCCCGGGCAACGGGCCCUGAGCAGGCGCGCAUCCGCACUGAGCAAUCCAUCAACUGGCUCAGCGACCCAGAGUUUGUCAGCUCAUCCUUCAUAGAGGAGUCUCCAGACAGCAACCCAAUGGGAGACGAUGACAAAAUCUACUUUUUCUUCACUGAGAUGGCCAAAGAGUAUGAUCUAUACACCAAAGUCAAAGUGCCAAGGGUGGCACGAGUCUGCAAGUCUGAUGUGGGAGGGAUGAAGACUCUGCAGCGACGUUGGACCACUUUUCUCAAGGCCCAGCUAGUGUGUGAGGACAAACCCAGCGGUCAGCGCUAUAAUAUCCUCACGGAUGUUUUCACCAUGCAGCACACUGCAGGCGACCCCAGUAGCACACACUUCUACGGACUGUUCACGUCCCAGUGGGAACCCGAAGAAGUGUCAGCUGUGUGUGUUUUCAGUCUCUCUGACAUCAGCAAAGUCAUGGAUGGACCUUUUAAAGAGCUGAAAAAGACUUGUGAAAACUGGAUAAAUCCUGAACCCGUCCCCUCCCCAAGGCCUGGCCAGUGUUUGAAUAGUGCAUUGAAGGCUGAAGGAUUUGAGUCCUCCUUGAAACUCCCUGACAAAGUGCUGACGUUUGUGCGGGACCACCCUCUGAUGGAGAACAGUGUCACUGCAGCGCCCCAGUUGGUCCGGAAGGGAAUCAGGUACACCAAACUGGCUGUAACCCUGAUGGAAAGCGCAGAGGGGCGGCGAGGGGCGGUGCUGCAUCUUGGAACAGAUCGCGGGGAGCUCCACCGGGUGGCAGUAGUUGACGAAAAUGCUACUCUACUGCAGGAAAUUCCUCUUUUCACCUCACAGGAGCCUGUUAACAACAUAUUACUGCAUCAGGGCCAGGCUUUGGUGGGCAGCCCCUUGUCCGUGGCUCGAAUCAAAGCCGAAGGCUGUGCUCUGUAUCCCAGCUGUGAGGUGUGUGCUAGAGCUAGAGGCCUGGGCUGCGUGUGGAAUACAACACUUGGAGCCUGCAGGCUCACGCAACAAGACCCUGGUCCGGGUGACGUGGUGGAUAAUGCAUUGAAAAAGUGUCAUACCCAAGAGGGGCGUUGCCGGCCGUCCAUCAGGGAGCUGCGGGUCUCCAUGGGACUGCGUGUGUUGCUGCCAUGUGUCCAGCUAUCUCCCAGACCCUGUAGUUGGGAGCAUCCUCCUCAAAGACACACCAGACAGCACCACUCUGAUUUGGUGGUGACUGUUGCUGAGGAGAGCUUGGGGAAAUACAUUUGCACAUGCCAGGAGGGCGGCCCAGGAGUCAGAGACCCUACCCCUUGCCGUCGAGCAGUUUACACUCUGUCGCUAGAGGACCCCAGUGCCGGAGGAUCAGUUGAUAGAGCAGGAAGUCGUCACAUCCUGGCCAUCUACAUUUUUUUCUUCUGUGGGGGUUUACUGUUUGGUGUAUGCCUCUUUUACUUCGUGAAUAGGAAGCGAAACAAUCUCCGCCAGGGGCACCACAAGCCAGAUAAUUCUCUGUCCUCAGAGAAGGGGCGGGAUCUGCUGGGCUCCUCGGCUACUCCGCAGUCGCCCAGCAGCGCCAGUCUGCUGUCUGAGGCGUUCCGGCAGACGGAAAAACGGAAUGGGACGACAACUUCCACCACAACAACGACGCUUCUCAGUAGUCAGGGCAAUGGUGGCCACCAUGGCAACAGCUACACUGGUACCCUGAUCCCCAGUAAUCCCAGCAAUGGACAUUCCCUAUAUGGCAAUUGCAACACAAGUACUAGUGGGAUGAAGCUCUCCUCAGACAUUUCAGACAUUGCAGACGUGUUGGAUGGAAGGACAGGGGAAAAGGAGCGGAUGAGACCUGAAGGGGGAGAGAGGGAGUCCGGGGAGGGGGAUGAGGUGGAUGAUGAGGUGGGAGAUGUGUUAAGAGAUGGGAUUAAAGGACUAGAGGAGGAGCUUGCCAGCCUUCCUAGCUAUAACUCGUCCGCACCACUGGCUCAGGGGGAAGAAAGCUCAAUAUGAAAAGAUGAUGCAACCAUGUUGUUGACUGAACCAUUUUGCAUCCUGUAAAUAAACUGAAUAUUGCUGGGAUAAAUGCAAAGUGAGCACUGCCAAAUGCCUUUGAAUGGCAGCUGUGGCAUGAAGAGAGACUACAGAGAUUUAUGAGAAAAUACAAGUUUAUGCCUAAGCAUGUGAGAGAGCUUCUAUCUAUGGAGGUAAGUGCAAGACAGAAAACAUGUAGUUGACCACUUAUUGUGAGUCGCUCAGGAUGAGAACCACAGCUAAAUAAAUAUGUUGGAUGUAAAUUUAAAAUGUAAAUAUAACCAGUCUGAAUUUGACUGUGAACAAAAAAGUGAAUGGAUUGUCGCAUAAUGUCAACGUUACAAGCAAAGAUGAAAUGCCUACAUUUGUAGACAUGGAAAAGCCAUAUUUCUCCUAAUGUCCUAUGAUCCCUCAUUCACUUCUGAUGGAACUGCAAAAGAAAAGUGCACUUUUCUCUCGGCACCUUUCUCUGUUGGUAUUUGUUAUUUUCUCUCUGACCCAGCACUCCAAUCCCAAACCUUGAUGGAUCCAAAGGCACCAAAGGACUGUUGAGCCAUAUGCUGUCCAGUCAAACUGCACUGGGCCUGGGCCUCAAAGAUAAAGUGAUGUCAUUAUCAAAGACUGGAGAAGUGUAAAUUCACUGCAGCGCCUUCAGCAACUGGGACAGAGCUGUCGUCGUUUACGCUGAAGAAGCUUCCAAGAGGCGGAUACAAUCAAGAUUUGCUUUGUGGAGCAAAUUUGAGAAUGAUGCAAGAAGCUGUCACUGUUUUGACUUACCAUUGCUGAAAUAGAAAGAAAACUCUUUCAGGUUACAGUAUGUAAAAUGUAUUUGGGGCUUGAAGUGUGUAGCCUGGCCAGCCAUAGGCAAUUGCUCUUGUGAGAUGGAUUUCAUACCCCUCCCAUUCCCAACCAUUUCCACCGGUACAGAACACACCAGAUCAAUCACAAAGGAGUAACUCAUAGAGGAGCAUCUCAUGCUCAGCUCAACCAAGACGGUGACAGAAAUGCUCAACAGGUUUUUUACCCCACACCUGAAAAGAGUCAUGAAGAGUCUGGUUCCCACCCUGCCUACUAAGUCACAUGCUUAAUUUCUGAUUGGUUGAUUGCCUAUCCAAUAAUGUCCAGAGGCCGUUUCUGUUGCUAAUGGUCUCCAGAAAUCAAAACUGAAUCCAGAGAACCCAGACUAAUUCUUUGUAUUAAAGACAAUAAUAAUUAGGAUGGCUGGUCAGGCUACAAAGAAUGGACCUUUGAUACUUAAAGACACCAUCACCUCAUUUUGUGAAUGCAUUUCAAGAUAAAUGUGUUGUUUUUGUCAUGCUGUUUUGUAAUAAAACAUUUAAACCGUGGUUGGUAUCCUGUUGCUAUAUUGUGUGUGGUGAAGUCCCGAGAUUGAGAAAUGUAAAGAUUCUAACAAGCUGUGGUGCCUCCCUCUUCUGUAUGGACCAACCUUUGAGUGAACCUAACAGAUGAAUAGAUUAAAUCCCCUGACCUGUGAAGGAGCCAGAGGGGAAGACUGAUUAUGACCUCCAAUGGAGGGAAACAUGUAAAGGUGAUUAUGAAUACUGGUACAGUUGUACUACGGACAGUUGUGGAGUACUGCAAGCUUCUGUUCUUGGACUGACACUUUUCUCCUUAUAUAUGCUUCCUUAAGGAAAUGUCAUUAAGAAACAUAAGAUCCAAUUUUUUUUACUGUGUUUUCACUGUGCAGAUGAUGCUCACAGCUGUAUUUGUCCUUGCAACAACGUGAUGCUAAUUAAAUAGCCUUAUUGGAAGUAUGCAAUAAAAUUGUAACGG